AUGAUUUCGCUCUCCUCCUUCGUUCAGAAAGCUUCAUCGUUGAUUGACUCGGCGAACUUCAACCUUCCGUCUCUCUCAUCCAAUGACGACAAUCCCUCCAAGGCCUCCCUCUUUCGCCAGCAGUUUCGUCUUCCUGAUUCGCAGAACCCGUUGCAAGAGAUCACAGCCGAGCUGAUUCUUCCUCUACCGUCCAAUACUUCUUCCGACUCUGCUGAUGGUUCUCGUCGCGUCGACCGGCCUGGGAAUCGCUAUACUGGGCGCUUGCAUCUGAGCGAGCGUUUCAUUUGCUUCUCGACUCAGCCCACCAGUUUCUUGCCGUCAUCCACAUUGAGCGCGUCUACGAGCUGGACCGGGCAAACGCAUGGCACAGGGCCAUCUGGAAAUGGCUUCACUUUGCCAUUAUCCUCCAUCAGAAGGGUGGAACGAUUGCACAGCGCUCGGGAAGUGUUCUCGUUGGCAUUAACAACCUGGAAUGGCAUGCUCAACAAGACACAAGAACCAAACUUCGCUCCUCAACGACUCAUUCUUCAACUCGUUGGAAGCAGGCAAGCAUGUGAGCGGUUCUGUGAUUGCUUGAAGAAGGGUCUACGGGAGGGCAUGAAAGAGGUGGACAACUUGCGAAGCAUCGUGUCAGAUUGUUAUUCGGAAUAUCUGCUCUCAGGAACGAAAGCAAAGGAUGCGACGGAUGGCCAAGGCCGUCAGCCUCCCGAUGCUGGCCUUGGUAUGCUUUUCCGAUAUCCGGGCGAUGCUCGAAAAUUGCGCGACCGAAGCAAGAUGAGACUUUGGGGAGAAUAUUUCCGAGAAAAUGGACGGAAUGCUACACUAGUACGACAACCGACAUUUCACAAACUGAUUCGGGUUGGAUUGCCGAACCGUCUGCGAGGCGAGAUCUGGGAAUUGACGUCCGGCUCCAUGUUUCUUCGAAUACGGUCACCAAAAUUAUAUGCAGAGACGCUUGCCAAAUUCGAUGGCCAAGAGUCAUUAGCUAUUGAUGAAAUCGAGAAAGACCUGAACCGCAGUCUGCCAGAAUACCCAGGUUUCCAGAGCGAAGAGGGUAUUGGCCGCUUACGUCGCGUCCUGACGGCAUAUAGUUGGACCAAUGCUGAGGUUGGCUAUUGCCAAGCUAUGAACAUCGUGGUUGCCGCGCUGCUUAUAUACAUGUCCGAGGCCCAGGCCUUCUUCCUUCUUUCCGUCCUGUGCGAUCGCCUUCUCCCGGGUUACUACUCGACAACAAUGUACGGAACUUUGCUUGACCAAAAGGUCUUCGAGUCCUUGGUGGAGAAGACGAUGCCCGUGCUUUGGGAACAUCUCACCAAAUCAGAUGUCCAACUUUCUGUGGUAUCUCUUCCCUGGUUCCUCUCGCUGUACAUCAAUUCAAUGCCCCUUGUCUUCGCUUUCAGGGUUCUUGAUGUCUUUUUCUUGGAGGGCCCGAAAGUCCUCUUCCAAGUGGGUCUUGCCAUUCUUCGCAUCAAUGGAGAAGAAUUGCUCGAUAUCCAGGACGACGGAUCAUUCAUCUCCAUUUUGAAAUCAUAUUUCUCUCGUCUUGAUGAGUCCGCUCACCCGAGAUCCGAGAAUCCCAAGUUGCGUGCUAUCACUCGAUUCCAAGAGUUGAUGGUGGUCGCAUUCAAAGAGUUUUCAGGCAUCACGCACAGUACCGUCACCGAACAACGUGAGAAGCACAAGAACGCAGUCUUGAACAACAUCGAAAGUUUUGCCAAGCGUACUUCAAUACGCAAUCUGGGGCCUGAAAGUAAGCGGCUGAGCGUGGACGACUUGGGUACAAUUUAUGACAGGUUCUACGAGAUUUUAUAUCACUGGGAACAGCAACAGAAGCUUGCCGACGAAGAGCGUCAACGGAACGAAAAGAAAAAGUCGCAGCGGCAGUCAAUUCUCGGUCCACCAGUGGACAGGCAGGUCGGUCGUGUAGGGUUAGGUCCGAGUCCAACCCACAUGAAUUACGAUGCUUUCCGGGACUUCAUGGCCGCGACGUCAAAAUGGGCCGCGUCCGACUCCCCUGCGCCGCUCAAAAAUGAUCCCUCGACCUCGGGGAGCUGGAGGGGCAAUGCAAAAGCUUCUUUGUGGGCCAACCGGCGGCAAGCUGCCGAUCAUGAGUUCAUGCAACGGCUUUACCGCAAAUGGGCGACAGAUCCCGAUGAGGGGUUGAGCCUUCAAGAUGUGGUCACUGGACUAGCUCGCUUGAAGGGCGCACCUGAUAUUAUGAACAAUAUCAAUUACUUCUUCGGGCUUUACGAUGACUCUGGAAAUGGUCAAGUCGACCGCGAAGGCAUUCUCAAAAUGUCCGAGGCCCUGCUCUUCCUGUCUCGUCGAGGCUUCGAGGGUACCAUCACAGCGACUCCCUCCCAAGACGAGAUCAACAAUCCUCGGGGCAACAAUGACGAGGCUGAACAAAGCAGAUUGACGACCGACGAGAGGUUCCUUGGCAGUGUGAGCGCCUUCAUUCGGCGCUGCUUUGAGUAUGCCGACCCGAGUCAUCCAGACCAUCAAAGAGCUGGCUUCUCGAAGAAGACUGAAGAAGUGACUGAAAAGCUGGAUGCAUUUGCCAUUGGUGACGACGACGAGGAAGAAGAAGAGGAGGAGGAGGAUCUGAUCGACAUCAGUGACGACAAGGAAUCAAAGACAGCCCCUGUAGAAAAGACCUCACCGCAGCCCACCGAAUCAAUUUCACCAAACCGACCCCGAUCCGAGUCUGCAAAUCCAGCCCUCGACCCCAAUAACCCGCUUCACAUCACUCUGCCCACAUUCCGCAUGGUUGUUCUGGCUGACGAAUUACUGGAGCAAUUUUUUGAAUCUUACUUCCCCCAAUCCUUCCAUCUCUCCGACCAUCCUCAUCCCGCAUCUGUCGCCGCAUCGUCAUCGCUUUCUUCUAAUUUGACGACGUUCUCCAAGAUCGGCCGUCCCUCUGCCUCUGUCACUGCUGGCGUGUCAGUUGCUGGAGCCUCAGGUGGUAUUGUUCCACCUGGGAAAGGUCUUCGCGGUGUUUUGGACAACAUCGUCACUGAUGGUAUCCGCAUGGCAGCUGAAGUGAAGAAGCGCAUGGACGACGCUCAGCGCGACCUUGAGCGCAAUGCUCUGGGCCACCGUGACGAAGACGACGACGAGGACGACGAGGAUGAUUAUCCUUCCCGACAAGGCGCGUCUGCCGCCGUGAUGGCUGGCGGCAUUUCCAGCUGGGGUGCUGGUGCAUAUGGACCAGAUCCCGAGCGUCGCAGCGUGCGUGAUGCAGACCGUGAUCUUUUGGAAGGCGCCGAAGCGGACGUGAUCAGCAUACGUCCUACGAAGGACGAAGGGUCUAGUGAGGAUAGUCAUGGCGCUAGGCCGCCCACUGUCCAAGACACGGAGGUUGUUAGCAAGGUCGUGGAGUUUGAAAGUUAG